AGAUGAGAUGAUCCCAUGGACACACCAAUAUAUAUUUAUAUUUAUAUUUAUAUUAUACUAGUAUUAAUAUAAAUUAUAAAUUAUAAAUUUUUUAGUCAAGAUCGCCACCCGAAUUCGAAACCCACGUGCUUCAUUGUUGGGCCAGGCCAUCACCGCUACCUUCCCAUCAUAUUUGUCUGCUGCGAAGUAACUUCUCCUUCCCCCACUCGCCAUCCCUUUCUGCAUCCCCUGUAUAUCUGUGAACGGAAAACUCGUGCAUAAUUCUUCAUACUGCGUUGUCGUCGUGACAAAUUUCGCUCAAUUGAGGAGGUGCAAUCAGCGUGUGACUUUGUGGAGUGUCGAAUGGCUGCAUUUUGUUGCACAACUGCUCGAUUCCCGCUUUCCCUUCCGCCGCUUCGUUGCGGAGCCUUUUCUCUGAAGCCAGUGAGCCAACGGCGGGAGAGCCUGAGGUUCGGGUCUUCAUUUCGGACCGUGAGGAGACUCGAGGCCAGAGGAUCCGUACUCGUCUCCUGCAUCAGUGAUUACUCCAAAACUGCAGUUGUCACUGGAAAUUCAUGGGAUAAGCUGAUAUUAAACAGCGACAUCCCCGUGCUUGUGGAAUUCUAUGCCAGUUGGUGUGGGCCAUGCCGCAUGGUUCAUCGAGUAAUCGAUGAGAUAGAAGCCAUGUACACAGGGAGAAUAAAGGUCUUCAUCCUCGAUGCAGACAAAGACCCACAAGUCGCCGAGGACUACGAUAUCAAGGCCGUGCCUGUGGUUCUGUUGUUCAAGAACGGCAAGAAAUGUGAUUCGGUGGUAGGCACAAUGCCUAAAGAGUUCUACGUGGCUGCCAUUGAAAGGGUUCUCGAUUUACAGAAUUAGCCAUGAGAGAUCCAAGAGCUGCUGAUGUUCAUAGUUAGUUCAUCUAUCCUCCUAUAUUAUUUCAUCUGUUCAAUUUUCUACUACAGUCUGUAUAUCGUCGUCGUCGUCGUCAUCAGGUAUGUGUUUGUUCUUGUUCACCAAAGAAGCUUCAAACUGAAUGAUGAGUCCAUCAAUAAGAUCUUUUUGUGCUUUUGGUUGCUAA